AUGACUAAUCUCCGAGUUCCUCUUGUUACUCUUUCUAUUUUCUUUGCAUUCACUACUGGAACUAGCGUGGAUUUUGGAAAGUUCUCAAACUGUGGAAUAUUGAGUCUACGAGAAGAUUUCAAAUGUUUACUCAAAUUGGUCUCUUUCAACAAAGAAAGUCCACAGAUUGAUUGGAAGAAUGAAAACAAACUCCAAGGAAUCCAAAAGUCUUGUGACUUUCUCCAAUCUUGUUACGAGUCUAUGGAAUGUCGGAAAAAUGAUAAGGAUACUGUGGAGAUUGCUAACAGGAUGAAGACCUACUGUAGCAGUUUGCUGCAUCUGCAAAAAGAUUUUUCGGAAUGUUAUAGAAAAGUCGAAAGAUUGGAUUCAACAUGCAGAUUCGGAGAUUCUUGUAACAACAUAUUCGGGAAAAACAACUGUGCAAGAAAGUUAAUUUUGGAAAACUGCGGAGAGAACGAGUGGAUUGGAUUUAAAGAUAACAUGAUGAGACUGGUGAAAGUGAAGUCCCCGAAAUGCAAAGCUGAUCAAUUCUACUACCUUUAA